UUUAUUCCCUCCCAAAAUUUCCCCAAAAUUUCAACACCUGGCCACACACUUAUUUUUGGUAAAAAAAAGAAAAAAAAAAGAAAGAAAAAGUAAACACACACGCAAACACUGCUUUCCAAUUUUCUAGGAGAGAGAUCGACUGGGAGAAAAUAGGAUCAAGCUUUAGGGUUUCAUCAAAAUUUUGGGCAAAUUCUAACGAUUUGGUCUGGAAUUCGCAAUUAGGGCUCGAUAUUAAUCAAAUUUCUUGGCUGCGACAUUCUCUCUCACGUCACUUGAUUGCUGUUCAUAAUAAUUCGAACAAGUUAAGAGGAGAAAUUCUACAUAAACCAUCUGCUGUUAUUCAAGAGUUAACACACUUAAUUAUUACCUUGCGGAAAUGGAUAAUGGAACUAAGGAGUGGUGGAUGGCUGCGAAAUGGAGUGAAGAGUAUGACCGAGGAGUAAACGAAUACAUUAAAAGGGCCUUUUCUACCAAGUCUGAAGGAAACCAAAUUUGUUGUCCAUGUGGUAGUUGUCAUUAUCGUUAUUGGUGUGAUGAAAAAGUUGUGAGAGAUCACCUAGUUUGCAAUGGUUUUGUGCCAAGAGCGGACAAGUUGUCAGAAUUAGGGAUCCACUUUGAAAGAGAAAUACCUACUUUGGAUGCCGAUGAACGGUCGAACCAAGAUGAUUUGGAUGAUGAUCUAGUAGGGUUGUUACAUGAUGCACGUGAUGCUUUUAGAGAGGGGCCGAAUGAUGAGGCAAAAAAGUUUUUCCAGUUACUUGAAGGAGGCCAGGAGGAAUUGUAUCCCGGGUGCAAGACGCAUUCAAAACUUUCCUUUAUGAUCAGACUACUUAUCAUAAAGUGUGAUCAUAAGUUGACCAAUGGUGCGUAUGCUGAUAUAGCAGACCUCGUAAGGGAGGCGUUUCCUGAUGCAAAAUUGCCUAAGUCUUUUAAUGAAGCGAAGAGUGCUUUAAAGGUGUUGGGGUUGAAUUAUACUAAGAUAGAUGCAUGCCCCAAUGAUUGCAUGCUUUACUGGGAAGAGAAUGCAAAUGCCACAAGUUGCCAUGUUUGUGAUACGCCAAGAUGGAAGUCGGUUGAUACAGAGAACGACACACCACUUGGAAAUGGAAAAAUCCAUAGGAUUCCCAAAAAGAUCCUUAGGUACUUUCCAAUAAAAAGAAGGUUGCAAAGGCUAUUUAUGUGCCAAGAGACUGCAAGCUACAUGACAUGGCAUACCAGUGGGCAAGAAAAUGAUCAUCUUUUACAACAUCCAGUAGACGGAAAAGCUUGGAAGGAGUUUGAUUCUUUGUAUCCAAAGUUUGCUGAGGAUCCGCGCAAUGUCAGGUUGGGGCUAGCUACUGAUGGAUUUAGCCCAUUCAAUUCAAUGAGCAUUGCACAUAGUACAUGGCCAGUUAUAUUGAUCAAUUAUAACUUGCCUCCAUGGGUGAUUAUGAAGCCAGAGUUUUUGAUGUUAGCUUUACUUAUCCCUGGCCCCUCUUCCCCCGGUAAUGAUAUUGACAUUUAUUUGCAGCCACUAAUAAAGGAUCUAAAGGAAUUGUGGGAGUUUGGGUUGGAAACUUACGAUUCUUCAAGCAAUCAAAGGUUUGACAUGCGUGCAGCUUUGAUGACUACCGUUAGUGAUUUUCCAGCUUUUGCAAUGUUGUCCGGGUGGAGCACAAAAGGAUAUUUUGCAUGCCCUGAUUGUCAUUAUGACACUGAUUCUGAGAGAUUGCCUUUUAGCAACAAGAAUUGUUAUAGGGCAACUCGUAGAUUUCUUGAUCCAGCUCACCCUUGGCGUCAUAAUAAGAGGAAUUUUGACGGAGUGAUUGAGGAAAGAAGUGAGCCUAUUCCUUUGAAAGGAACCGAUGUUGAGUAUAUGUUGCGUGAUUUUCCAAAUGAAUUUGGAAAGAAGCAAAAGAAAAAGAAGGCUGAUGAGGAUGAUCCAAUUCCAUGGAGAAAGAUGUCCAUACUUUUUCAGUUGCCAUAUUGGAAGCAUUGUUCCAAUCGCCAUAAUCUCGACGUAAUGCAUAUUGAGAAAAAUGUGUUUGAUAAUGUUCUUGGGACAUUAUUAGACAUACAAGGGAAGACUAGAGAUCAUGAAAGUGCUCGUCGAGAUUUGGUAAAAAUGAAAAUCAUGCCGGAGCUUCAACCAAAAUUGGUAGAUGGUAGAGAAGUAUUCCCAAGAUCUCGCUUUUGGAUGUCAUUGGAACAAAAACGCAAGUUCUGCCGAGUCAUAAAAAAUGCUAAGUUACCACAAGGCUAUGCUUCUAAUCUUUCUCGAUGUGUGCAAGUCGAAGAUCGGAAAAUCACAGGCUACAAGAGCCAUGAUGCUCAUUUUAUGAUGAAUUACUUGCUCCCUAUUUCCGUGAAAACAACAUUACCCAAAGAUGUUGCUACACCGUUGAUAAGACUUUGUGGUUUCUUCAAAGGCAUAUGGAGUAAAACUAUUGAUCCUCGACAUCUCGACAGACUCCAUUCUGAGAUAGUUGAAGCACUUUUCAUGCUUGAGCGGAUUUUUCCACCAGCCUUUUUUGACAUAAUGGUGCAUUUACCUGUACAUUUAGUGAAGCAAAUUAAGUUGGGUGGACCUGUUAGUUCAAAUUGUAUGUAUGGAAUUGAGAGGUAUCUUCAUGAGUUAAAGUUGGAUGUUCGAAACAAGGGUCGUCCAGAAGGCUCAAUGGCAGAAGGUUACCAAGCUAAAGAAUGUAUUGCUUUCAUUGGUAGACAUUUGAAACGAUCAAACAUAUCUACACAUGAUGUCAAUGAGUGCACUGUCUCCCAAUCAUUUUUACCUAAGAUAGGACGUCCUAUCAAGGGAAAGGGAAGGACCUCAAAGAAAAAGCAUUGUGGACAUAUGAUUGAUCGAAUUACAUGGGCACAAGCACAUCGUUAUGUCUUAUUCAAUUGUGAUUGUGAGGACGUUGAGAGAUACAUAAAUGAACACAAGAUGUGUGUAAGCAGUAAACGAAAGAGGAAAUGGAAUAGUGCACAAGAGCAUAACAAGGAUUUUAUCGAUUGGUUUAGGGAAAAGGUUGAGUUGGAAGUUGAAGAAGGUCAAGAAAUUAUCUCGGACCAUCUCAUAUGGUUAUCUAAAGGACCUUCUUUUGUGGCCAAAAAGCAUACAGGUUACUCUGUUAACGGAUAUAGAUUCCAUACAAUGAAGCGUGAUGCAAAGUGUGUGACUCAAAAUAGUGGAGUCACUCUCACAGCAAUAACACAUAGCUUUGCGAGUUCUAAAGAUCAAAAUCCUGUAGUCGGAGACGUCAAUUAUUAUGGUUCAAUCCAAGACAUUGUUGAGAUAUCUUAUCAUGGUCAUUUUAGUGUUGUCUUAUUUAAAUGUGUGUGGUUUCACUCGGAAAAAGAUGAUGAUGAGCUUAUUAUGGUUAAUACGAAUAAGAAAAUUUCCGAGGGAGAGCCAUUUAUCUUAGCAUCUCAGGCACAUCAAGUAUUUUUUGUAGAAAAUUUAAAUAAGGAGGGGUGGCAGUAUGCUGUUCAAGUCCCUCCUAGAGAAUUGUCUGACGGUAUUGAAAUUACUUAUUGUGUUUCAUAGUCUAACUUAUUUUUAUUUUUUAAUUCCUUUCAUAUAUCGUUUUGACCUAUAUGUACGUGCCUUUUCUUUUUUUAAUUCCGGAAUUGACUUUGUAUUAUUUCAAGGGAAUUUCAACCCGCCAAUAUUUUAGGGGGAUUUCAACCCAUUGGAUUUGGAAUAUUUGAAGGGAAUUUCAACCCGCUUGAGAAUUGGAAUUUGUAUUAUUUUAGGGGAGUUUCAACCCGUUGGAAGAUUGGACUUGUAUUAUUUUAGAGGAGUUUCAACCCGUGGAUAGAAUUUGAACUUGUAUUAUUUCAGGGGAUUUUUAACCCGUUGAAUGGAAUCUCGAACUUGUAUUAUUUCUGGGGAGUUUCAACCCGAUGGAAAUGUUUUGAAUUUUGUAUUGGGGAGCAAUGGAAAGCAAGAUUUCUUUGUAGCUUGAAGAUUAAUUUGGAAUUUGAAUUUGGCUUGAAGCUUGAACUUUGAAAUGGAAAGGACGCACUUUGUAUGUAGAACAUGAGGCUUUGUAUUUGGAAAAUCCGGCAUUAUGUCUCCGUGGAUUUGAAACAUUGAAUUUAGGAACUUGAAAGUCCAGCAUUAUGCCGUUGUGGACUUGGAAUCUUGAAGUAUAGGACUUUGAGGUUUGAAAUAUAGAAUAGAAAAGUUGGCAUUACGACGGCAUGAAUUUGGAAUUUGACCCUUAAAGCUUGAAAUUUGGAAGGUCGAGUUGGAAAGUUGGUAUUAUGCUGGUAUGGGCUCGGAUAUUUGAACUUGAGACUUUGAGAUUGGAAUUGGCAACUUGAGUUUGAGGUUUGAAGACUUGAAUGUUUGAAAUAGGAAAUCCGGCAUGACGCCGUUGGAUUUGGGUUUUGAACUUGCAACUUGAAACUCGAAAUUUGAACUAGAAAAUCCGGCAUUAUGGCGCUGUUGGAUUUGAGGUUUGAGUUUGGAAAUGGAAAUUUUGACUAGAAGAUCCGGCAUUAUGUGCCGUUGGAUUGAUUCUUGACUUGAAACUUGCAACUCGAAAUUUAUAUUUAGAAAGUCUGGCAUUAUGGCGCCGUUGGAUUUGGAUUUGAAAAUUGAGGCUCUAGAAAAUUCGGAUUUGAACUUGGAACUCGAAAUUUGGACUAGAAAAUCCGGCAUUAUGACGCCGUUGGAUUUGAACUUUGAAAAUUGAGGUUUGGACUUGAAAAUUUGAAUUGAAUUUGAAACUCGAAAUUUGGACUAGAAAAUCCGGCAUUAUGACGCCGUUGGAUUUGAACGUUGACUUGAAAACUUGAGGUUUGGACUUGAAAAUCCGGCAUUAUGACGCCGUUGGAUUUGAACUUUGAAUUUGAAACUUGGAAUUUGGACUUGAAAAUCUGGCAUUAAGACGCCGUUGGAUUGAAUUUUGAAUUUGAAAUUUGGAAUUUGGACUUGAAAAUCCGGCAUUAUGACGCCGUUGGAUUGAAUUUUGAAUUUGAAACUUGGAAUUUGGACUUGAAAAUCCGGCAUUAUGACGCCGUUGGAUUGAAUUUUGAAUUUGAAACUUGGAAUUUGGACUUGAAAAUCCGGCAUUAUGACGCCGUUGGAUUGAAUUUUGAAUUUGACAUUUGUGCGUGAGGCGUGUUUAAAGACCCUAAAAUCGGCGAUUUAGAUGCAUGAGGUUUGAAUGAUGCUCCUAGGGGUUUGGCUUCCUAGUUGGAGGCUAAUUGGUUUUGGCAAGCUAGAACUCGAGGUUAGCCGUUCACGCAUGCAAAGACGCCCACACAAUGCACAAGUAGCACGUUGUCACACUAGUCAUGAAUAUGAAUGCGAAAUGCAAAGUUCUCAACCUAAGGUCGGUCUAAGUUUUAUAUGAUUCAAGUGGUCGGCUUUGGGUGUCAAAAGGUACUCGGCUAAGAGACGGAUUCGGCGACAAGGUUUCACAUCCGCCUAAGGGACGUGUGUGUCGGCAGACGGCCUCCAUACUUGACAUCGGGAAUGUCAAGUAAAUGCCAAGUUUCGGUAGGCGCGGAAAUGGUCACACACUUUGGUCGGGAACCGUAUGGAGAGUCACCAUUUCGUUGCCCCCGGGGCUAGCGCGAAUGUAGAACACAUACGUUUCGGAAAAGGUAGAAAUUCAUUUUGAACAAUAUGGUUUUCGAAAAAUGCAUGAAAUGCCUAGAAAUUGAAAUUGAAAUCGUACUUGAAUUUGUAUUUGUAAAGCUCGUUUUUCGGCACUUGUUCACGAGGUUUGGGAGCGUCCUUCCAGAUUCAAAAAUAGACUAACUCCCAACACGAAAAGUUGAGCAAAAGUGGCGACGAGCCCCUGUGAGCCACUGUCCUGGAUGCAGGCAGUGGCGUUGGGCGCAGGGGCUGCGCCUGGCGCCAGUGCUGGCAUCCAGUACUUAAGCAGAUCAGUGGCUUGUUGCUCGAAAUCUGCCCGCAUUUUUGAAUUGAAAUUAGUAGAGUCCCCAGCGGAGUCGCCAGAAUUGUAGGGGUUUUUUUUUUGCAAAAACUUGUUUCCCGUUCUACAAGAGGGGUGGUUCUUUAGAAAACCGUAGAAUUUUUGUACCUCGAAGGAGUCGCCACCAAACAUUGUUUAAAGUCUCAUUUGGAAAGACCGCAAGUGACUCUAUUUUGGGUAAGGCUUUGAAUCCUUGAAACGGAUGGGUGAGAUCCGGGCACGGGAACAAAAAUGCUUAUUCUGCGAGCUUUAGAAAUAUUCAAGUACGUUGGCACAACAUUUUUUCGAAAAUAUACCCUAGAUUAGACUAUGUGGGUUUGAAUUUAGAGCAAAUUGAAUCUCUAAUUGUAUGGUGGUCACUUUUGCUUUAAAGAUUGAUUUAAGGAACCUAAGGCCGGUUUGUCCAAAAAUAUCUUUGUUAAACGUGAUGUAACCUUUGCAUUUUGUUGUAUUUAGCAUGUUGGUGAUGAAAGCAAUAAAGGAAAUAAAGCAACAUCACAAUACUAAAUAAAGUGCGGAAUUUGUAAAUACAAGACCCCCUAGAAAAGGACUAGGGAGUAGGUCCACAUUGCCUAGAAAGGGACUAGGCAAGUAAAGAUGCGGAAUUGAAAGUGCGGUAUUGAAAUUGCGGUAUUGACAUUGCGAUAUUGAAAUUGCGGUAUUGAAAGUGCGAUAUUGAAAUUGCGGUAUUGAAAGGUGAGAUAUUGAAAUUGCAAUAUUGAAAGGUGCAUAAUUGAAAUUUGUACUUGGGAACAUGAGAUUCGAACGCCAAGCGGCUCCUUAAAAAUAAGUGCGCCCGACACGAAUUCAAAGCCAAAAAUCUCAACUUGGGAGAGGUUGCUCAACCCAAAUAUCCUAGAUUUUGCAUGUUAAACUUGAACUUGAAAGCUUGAAUAUUGAAGUUUUGAACUUGAAAUAAUUGAAGUUUGAACUUGAAAUGAUUGAAAUUUGAACUUGAAAUGAUCCUAGUUUAGGGAAAUAACCAUGAACAACCCUAAACAUGGUGGGAUCUUGAAAAUUGAAAACUUGUAAACUUGUAUAUUGAAAAUGGAGUUUUGAAUCUCAAAAGACUAAACCUUUAAAUGUUAAAAGGUGUCAUCUUUGAUUACCCCAUGUUUGAAGGUGAUUCUAAUCCAAGAGGUGAUUGUAAACAACUUGGACAUCCUCGAAUCUUGAAAAUUUGUAUUUUGUAUUUUGAAAAAGUUUGUAUUUUUGGAAAACAUGUAUGAUUGUUGCAAGUGGUGUUUUUUAAUGAUUAAAAACACCAAACAACUUGGGCAUCCUCGAAUCUUGAAAAUUUGUAUUUUGUAUUUUGAAAAAGUUUGUAUUUUUGGAAAACAUGUAUGAUUGUUGCAAGUGGUGUUUUUUAAUGAUUAAAAACACCAACUUGCUAAUCAUUUGGAAAUCACAGUAACAUAGUUGAUUAGAAUGGGAUUUGGAUUUACCUAGUUAGGUUUAGGCAAGAGCUCCCAAUUGCUUUUGAAUUUAGGAAUUUUGUAUGUGUUUUUGAGGAGUUUUUGAGUUGUAUUUUGAGGCGUAAUGUCGAAAUUACGACGUUGUAUUGUUGUUCUCCUCCCCAUUAUGCUGAAAAUGAGGGGUAUUUAUAGAAGGAAUGGGUGCAAGACACCAGCACACGUCAGCGCAGGGCACUGGUGACGUGGCUUGAAUGCCGCCAAAGCAAGGACGGGGAAUCCGUCCUUGUUUCGUCUUGUAGUGUUGUACCUGUUAUACGAAUAGUACUAGGUUUGGCGUUUUGUAUUUGCUUGGAGGUUAAGGAACCGUUUAGCGUCUAAAAAUAAGCAUUUCUCGGGUUUUGAAUUCCGGUUUUACGGGACGGGGCCCGGCAUGCUCGGUUUUGUGGGUCGGCGCCCGAAUUUGACUUGCCUUAUAUGAUUUUGAGUGGAAAAGGCCUAGUAACUCCAAUGGGAUGGUCUACUAGAUGAGUUUGUACUUGGAUUUUGAAAUUGGAUUUGGAAAGUUGCAUUUUGUACUGAGAACCGAAAGGGGAACGGUCUCGGGGGUUGGAUUUUGGAUCUUGAAUUUUGGAAGCAUUCUUAGCAAUUGGGAUUUCCGCCUGGAGUUAUUCCAAACACCUAACAAGGAUAAUGGUAUCGUCAUCAUUCCAAAGGGGAGACACAAAUUAGGCUUCUACACUAAGCUUGUUAAUUAUACAACCUAAUUUGUAAUUGUAAUUAAUUUGUUGAAAUUCGAAUAAUUUAGAAUUUGAUUUGUUUUUCAUAAUUAAUUAACAAUUUAAUUAGGUAUCCAUGAUUAAAAACCACCAUAAAAAUUGUUAAAUUUGAUAAAUUUUAAAUUUUUAUGACCUAGACUUGAAUCCAUGAUAAUCGGAAAUUAAUUUGAAUAAUAAAUUUUCGAUUUUUCGCCCUAAAUUUAUGAAAUUAAUAUGUUUUAUUAAUUUUUCGAUAAAUUUAAAUUAAAAAGUUUUGAUUUUUAUAUAAUCCGCUCAUAAAUCUUGCACGCACAAAGCAAGGGAGCUCGUCGCCCAUGCGGUACGAGUUCAGCGAGCAAGCAAGCGUGGCAUGUGCGCAAGGCAGUGGGUCUGCCUAGGCGAUGUGUGCUACGAGCAUAGGCGGAUGGGGCGAAGGGGCAAGGCACAAGCGAGACGAGGCACGCGAGCAGGGAGCAAGCGUUGCUCGCCCAGCGAGCAAGCCAGAACACAGCGAGCAAGCCAGAACACAGCGAGCAAGCAGGCUGCGCGCAUGCGUGGAUUGCUGGGCUGGCUGCGUGUGCGUGUGGCCUGCUCGUGCCUUGCUAUGCGAUCAGUCGAAGGGCGCUGCUGCCUUGUGAACUCGACGGGGCAUGGGCGUAAGCCCAUGGCCUCGUCUUGAUCCGAUUGAUGCGCUUUGAAUUUAAUUUUAAAUUUUUAGUUAGAAAACGAUUUUAAUUAAUUUUAAAAUUCGUAAUUUAAUUUUUUCUCGGAAUUUACACUAGUAGAAAAAUCUUCAAAAGUGGCCUAUUAAAGGUUGCUCUUGUUUGACAAGUGCAUCCUUUGACAAGAAGAAAGUUAAAAAAAAAAUCAAAAAUUAAACAUUUCACUCCUCCUUCGUGGGAAGCGCAGCUCUUAGAACUGCUGCACCCUUUGCUCUCUCCUUUCUCGCUGCUCCCCUAAACCCAAACAACUUCACAGGCGACGCCUCUGGUCAACUUCACCGGCGACGCCUCUGCUCGUCUUGAUUUGGGGUUUUCUUAAUAUGAGCUUAUCCAAAUUUCUCUCCUCAAGUUCUGAAUUUUUGGUUUUGUUCGAAAUUUUUGGUUUUUGUUUGAUAAUUUUUCUAUUAUCUGCAAUUUUUUGUGCAAAUUGUUAUGCGAAUUAUUGCUCAAUUUAUCUAUGACUUACAGAGGAUUUUGCUGCGAAUUAAUUCGAUUUAUUAUGCAAAAAUAUGUAGAUUAUUGUGCGAAUGUAUGCUGAUUAUUCCUCGAAUUUUGUUGUGCAUAUAAUUUAUAAAUUAUACGAAUUUAGUUUGCGAUUUUGUUGCGAAUAUUGUUUUUGAAUUUGACUAUGAAUUUCUAGGGCUUAAGGAGGUUUUAAUUGGGUUUUUUUGAGGAUUUUGGUUGUUGUGAUUGCUGAUGUUUUUUAUGUUUGCUUGUUUCUAUGGUAGAUUAUAGUUUUUUUUUUUGUUUUGUGUCAUCGGCUUGACGUUAGAAGAGACGU